AUGUCGAGUCAAUUUCAGCUCCUAAAUUUAACCCAAGAAGAGUUGAACAACCUAUCAAAAGAGUUCGAAGAGAAGUUCCAAUCCGCCAAGAAUGAUCAUGAGCUAGAUAUUCUAAACUCAGAAAUAGAUAAGAUUUUAAAGUCUGGUAGUGAAGAAAUAACAAAAUACAUAAACACCAAUUCCAAACAGUUUCAACAAGACAUCAGCAAUCUCGAGGUAGGAAGAGCCAAGUUGACCGAAGCCAUUAAUUUAAAUGAUGACUUGAUCAAGUUAUUUGGAAAUUCCAAUGAUUUAGGCAACUUAUUGACAAUUGAAUUGAAAUCUUUGGACAAAGAGAUUAGUAGACUUAAUGAAGCUAAAACUUUCAUUUCCAAUACGAAACUAUUAAAGAACAAUAUAAAUCAAUGUGUUUACGCUUUAGAACAUGGGAAUUGGGAAUUAGCAGCCAAAUGUAUCAAGACUAUUCGAUCAGAAAUUCCACAAGAUUUAAUCACCAGUGAUUAUGCUACAUUGGUAAUACCUUCAACAGACAUACCCGAGUACCCUGAAGUUGUGUUAAACAAAUCAAUAGACCAAUUAACGGGGAUAUUUGAAACCAAAUUCAAUGAAUCAGCUGAAGCUAAAAAUAUUCAAGAUUUGACCAAAUUCUUCCAAUUAUUCCCAUUGAUUGGCAAAGAAGAAAUUGGUCUUAAUUGUUACUCGAAAUUCAUAAGCCAAAUCAUCACAGAUACUUCAAGAAAUUUGAUCAAAUCCAUUUCUUCUAAUGAAAUGUCCAAAAAACCAGGAAUUUAUUCUCAAAUAUCCAUGCAGCUAUUCGAGAAUAUCUCCAUGAUGUUAUCCCAACAUGCUCCUUUAAUAAAGAAAUAUUAUGGGUCUUCUUAUCCUGAUGCAAUUAACUAUGUCAUAACCAAGAUUCAACAUCAAAUAGAUUCCCAAAUAAGUUUGAUCACCGAUAGUUUCUACGAUAACCAUAGAAUCGAUAAAGUGUUGCAGGAUAUCAGUAUUUAUAAAUUCCCUAUUCUUGAAAAAAGACUCCAGGAACAAGCAGAGGGUUUAAGAUCUCCAAGACAAUCGUUCGAAGAUGAUGAAGUCGUGACCAUUGUGGAAACAGGUGACUACUUUAAUGAGCUUGCGGGUAUUUUUAAUUACUGGUCUUUAUACUGCAAGUUUAUAGCCAUAAGAUACUUUCAUAAAGUCCCAGAACCAUCAAACACUUCCAAUGGAGUGGUAGAGAACGGCAAUGGUUAUAAGCUUGAAAUUCCACAAAUCAUCUUGGAGUCCAAUUUCAAUAAAAAAAUCGAAAAUAAGUACUUGCCAGCAUUUGAGUCGAUUUUUAAAUUUUACUUUAAAAGGUCUUUGGAGAAAGCCAUAAUAAUAGAAGAGCUUCCAGGGAUUGAUCCUUUGCUAUUGAGUACUAAUAACAGUAUCCCUGAACAACCACCAUGUUCAUCAGUAGUUGAAGAUUUGUCUUUGGUUCUCAACACAUGUCUUCGUGGAAUCAUCGACAGUGGUCAGAUGAGUUCUCUUAAAACAUUUGUUGUUGAAGGUUUCAAAGUCAUUCAAUCUGAUUUUCUCAAUGGGUAUGUUAUCAAAGAAUUAAACGAGAAUCUGCCUCGUUAUAAUUCAGCAUUGACGUUGACUAAUCCCAAAACCUUAGCAUCUGUUUUAAAUAACACCCUUUCACCUAAAAAUCUGAGAGGUUCCACUCCUCAACCCGAAACUUCAAGCAUGGGAUUCUUGAAAGGUGCUACCAGCGCUUUUGGUAAUGUGGUUGGAUCUACCACCAAUACCAUAGCUAAUACCAAUACCAAUAAUCUGAGGUUGAUUAAUUUCGUGAUCUAUUUGAAUACUAUUGCUAUUUCCCAAGAUUAUUUCGGUAGAAUAGUGAAUAACUUUACUAAAGACAAUUGUAGAUAUAUCAAGAAUAGUUUCCCAUUCAAUGAAGACUAUGGAAUCAUCAAAAACAUUUUGAAUGACGAAUUAUUGAACCCUUUCAUUUCAAUCACCAAUAGGAUCAUUCAAGAGGCAUUAAUCAACUUUUACAAUCAAUCAAUAAAAAAUAAAUUAUUAAGCAUCAUUUCUGAGUUUCUCAGUGACACUGAUGAAUCUAAUUAUUUGAUACAUUCACCAAGUUUGAUUAACGACACCACAUUGAUUUUCGGAUUCAUAAAUAACUGGAGAAAUUUGAUAAGACCAUACAAACAAGUCUUCCACCAUGAACUUAUCUAUAACAAAUUAUUGAAGUUGAUCAUUUUAAAUUUAGCUAAUAUAGUUGAGAAGAGAUUGAUAGCUAUCUUGAAAAAAUUUAAGAUCAAUGGUUUGGGAUUCUUGAAAUUAGAAAAAGAUACUUCUUCAUUCAUUGCAGAAGUAUGUGAUGACCAUUAUGAAUUAAGGGAAAAAUUCGUCAGAGUACCGCAAAUAAUUUUAUUAGUAGGAAUGGAUGACGAUGAAUACGAAGAGAGUCUCCAAGAGAUAGAUGGAGAAUUCAGUAUGAAUUGGGUAUUAACUCAACAAGAAAGAAAAGAGUUCCGAAAAUUCAGAGUUUGA